GCGAUUGGUGGAAUCCCGCUUAAGUUUCGGUAUGCUCAGAGGCCUCGGCUGCUGCCUCUGUUAAAGGGCUCUCUUCCCCACGGGCCAACAGCAAAUGAGUGUAUCUGAGACGAUCACUGGUCGUGGUAAUGUCCGUCUCGUAUGUGGUAAGAGUCUUUCUUGGCUCGUCUUGGCUCGUGCUGUAUCUGUAUAGUAGAUAUAUAAGGACGAUCUGCGUCCAGAUUACUCCCAAUGCCAAAGGUUAAGGACUCCGGAAGCCGUCAACAUGGUUGCAGUGGGAAAGCAACGAGAAGAAGACGUGUCAGACCCGGUCCUGGCCAACUUGCUGGCUGAGGACCGGACCCCUUGGUACAAGAAGCCCAACCUGAGACGGUUAUACUUCAUCCUCUUCCCCGCGUGCAUGGGCAUUGAGAUCACCUCAGGAUUUGACUCACAGAUCAUCAACACAGUGCAGAUCGUGUAUACCUGGAAUAAAUACUUCGGGCGCCUAACUGGUGAUACCGUGGAUGGUAGGCCCGAGUACGAGGUUGAGCCUAAUCUCAAAGGCUUUCUAGGAGCGGCAUAUUCCCUUGGAGCUAUCCUUGCUCUGCCCUUUGUCCCCUGGAUCAAUCAACGCUUCGGAAGGAGAUGGACGAUUAUGUUCGGGUCUUGCAUCAGUUUGGUGGGUGCGCUACUGCAAGGGUUCUCCAACGGAGUCGGAAUGUACAUAGUAGCGCGCAUGUUACUUGGAUUCGGCAUUCCAUAUUGCAUCGUGGCUGGAUCUUCCCUCAUCGGUGAACUUGGUUAUCCCAAAGAACGACCAAUUCUCACGUCCUUGUUUAACUCAUCCUAUUUCAUCGGCCAAAUCGUGGCUGCUGCCGUCGGCUUAGGCACGGUAACUAUUGCAAGCAACUGGGCGUGGAGGAUCCCUUCACUGUUACAACUGGCUCCUGCUAUGGUCCAGGUGGUAUUUGUUUUCUUCCUGCCGGAGAGCCCUCGAUAUUUGAUCAGCAAAGACCGACACGAAGAAGCCUUCGACAUUCUGGCCAGAUACCAUGCUGAGGGAGACCGUAACUCCGUUAUCGUGCGCGCGGAGAUUGCCCAGAUCCAACGGACCAUCAAGCUCGAGCUCGAACAGGCGAAACAAAGCUGGUGGGACAUGUUCCGCACCGCGGGGAUGCGGCGUCGGAUGCUCAUUUCCGCGUUUUUGGGCUUGUUCACCCAGUGGUCUGGAAAUACAUUGAUCACGUACUAUCUCAGCGACUUGCUGGACAUGGUCGGCAUCACCGACGGCGUGACCAAGUCCAAGAUCAACAUCGGUAUUGCUUGCUGGGGAUUGGUCUCCGGUACAGCCUUAGCCCUCACGGCGCCUCUGUUCAAGCGGCGGACGAUGUAUUUGACCUGUGCCACAUCAUUGCUCUGCGUGUACAUUGGGUGGACUAUUUCCAUGGAGCGGUUCAUGACAACAGGGGUCAGGGCUGCCGCAAUCUUGACCAUCUUCUUCAUCUUUGCCUACUCCCCGGCAUACAACCUGGGCUACAAUGCUUUGACUUACACUUACCUGGUUGAAAUCUUCCCUUACUUCGGUCGCUCUCGUGGCCUCUCCUGGUUCCAGUUUUAUGGCCGCGGGGCGGCAUUCUUCGCUACUUAUGUCAAUCCGGUCGGGUUGGAUAGAAUUAAGUGGCGAUGGCUCCUAGUUUACUGCUGUUGGCUGGCCUUCGAGUUGGUCUUCAUCUACUUCCUUUUCCCGGAAACGUCUGGAAGGACAUUGGAGGAGCUGUCAUUUAUGUUUGAGGGCAAAGAAAAGGCUAAUGAGGUGGCUGCUGCGGUGCACAAGCAGCUUGAGGUGGAUGAGACGAAGGAAGUCCAGGCUUAGGUGCUUUUCCUAUAUUGAUACCUUGUGACAUUUGUCUUUGCAGUCGAGUACUAUCUGGUGCGAGCUUUCAUAUCCACAAGGUCUUAGAUGGUAUACUGAACGUCUUUGCCCUGUCUUUCAUUGCCUUCUUCUCUAUUUUUUGCUUCUGGUCGUAAUCUUGGUAGGUGUGCUUGUUAAAUGCAGAUGCGCCGGGCUUGAUUCUAAUUAAGAUAACCGAAAUUAUACUCCGUUCAUAAAGCUUUUCCCAUAAGGGCUAGCCUUUCCUUUCAUUUCAUGCGGUGGGAC